AUGUCUUUUCUUAAGAAACGUUCAUCUAAGCGAGCCUUGUGGGAGAAGUUAUUUUGCGUCCGAUCCCCGAUUCCAACCACCACCGCCGCUACUCCCCUUGGCGUAAUUGAACCAGUUUUUAGAGCUCCUAUUGUCUCUGCUUCCGAUAUGAUUUAUGUUGAGACUUUGAUUUCUUCGAGAGAUAACAUGGCUCUCUACACUCCCUCCGAAGGUAUGCAUGUGAUGAGUGUUGCUCCUCCGGGUUCCACUAUGCCGAAGUUUGAUUUUAUUCCUGUGAAAAAUCAAGCUCCCCUUCCUACUUUGAUGUCUCUAGCUUCUUUUCUUCCUUAUUUCCUUCAUCCUUAUGCAUCUACCAGCUCGUGUCAAGAACAUGGAGUUCAACAAGCUUUCAAAAUGUAUGGACAAACUUUGAUCAAGUUAUUAAGUUUUGGAGUUGGAGAAGUCAGAGCUGAUGCAAAAGAAUAUCGAGUUAUCUUCCAGUAA